AUGUAUGCUUGUAAUAUUACCAAUGAACCCUCUAUCCACUUCUUGCAACAAGAACAGCCUUAUAUGCCCGUCUGUACAACUGCAUCUCCCAGUAUACCAAUUCAAUCAUCCUUUAUGGGCAUCCUGUCAUCCUUCCCCAUUAUUCAAGAGACCCCUCUUCUGCAUCAUCCAUCAAUAGCAUCGCCUUCCUUGAAGAAGAAGACUAGACCCAAUGGCGGCGCCGCAAAGCCCUCCAAGACAUCCGAACUCAAGUUUAAAAUUGAAUCCGUUGGCCAUCAUCCGGAACAUGACGAUGAUUUGGAAAUGUGUCCUGCGCGAACACGACCCAACUGGCCGACCCAUAUCGAGACUUGGUGGAAGGCAUGUCAUCCUACAGAAAAGCCACCAUACUCUUACGCCACCUUAAUCGCGCACGCCAUCCUCUCCAGCAAAGACGGCCGACUGACUCUCAAUGACAUUUAUCGUUGGAUUGCUGAGCAUUAUCCUUUUUACGUUCUCGGUCAAGGUGGUUGGCAGAACUCCAUUCGACACAAUUUGUCCCUCAACAAGAAAUGGUUCAUUAAAAUUGAUCGUUGCCCGACCCAGGCCAAUCCUGGCAAAGGCUGUUACUGGACUCUGGUAGAAGGUGUUGAACACAUCUUUGUCGACAACCUGUCUCAAGCUGGGGGUCACAGUCGUAAACAUCACGAUAUUGGACUCACUGCCGAACUGUCACUGGGUCACCGUCGCGGCACUUCCUGCUUCCAUUCUUCCAAGCACCCAUCCGAAACCGAGACCAAGUCACCGAAACCCAGCCAGGACAGCAAGUCCAAACCGGGUCCUGAAAUGGUGCCACUGUAUACCACUUUUCGUAUGGUCGAGAAUUUGUCAGUUACCAAGAGCUCAGAAAGACGUCGUAAGCUGAAACGUAGAAAAGCAAGACGCACCGUGGAACCCGGUUCGUAUUGCGAGUCAGAAUAUGAUUCAGGUGUGGAUGUUGGCAACGAAUAUGUCUCUGGUUACGAGCACAAGCAAAAAAAGAAGAAACACAGGGCAGACACCAAUGUGGAUGACAAGACCUCAGGUGACCGCGAUGAAAAAGAAGACACGGUGGCCACAGCCACUACUGCCACAGAUGAUUAUUCCCAGUUAACAUGGCAAGACUUACUGUCGGUGGAUAUCUCUCAAUUGCAAGCUAUACAGAACAAUCCCUCGUAUGACCCAUCCUCCACUGUUUUGGAAGUGCCGACCACCUUUGAUUUUUCGCAGCCAGCGACAUCCAUGUGGUAUGCUGAAACUGAAGUACCGAACGGUUUACCAAGCCAAAGUGACAUCGUCGCUGCUGCCCUUCAACCCAUGGGCUGUCUUGACUUUGGCAUCGAUGGCCUCAAUCUACCGAAUCCCAGCGUAUCCGAGUCAGCGGCGAAUUCUUCCGCGUGCUCUGCAGCAACGAAGCAUGCGAACGCACCCAUGUUACUGCAGCAGCCUAUCACGAUCAAUCUGGAUGAUGACGAGUAUCAGAAAUAUCUACAUUUUGAAGACGAAGAUGACCUGGCCGCUACAUACCCAUUAUCACGGUUCGCGUAUCCAAGUGAAUGCCUUUUCGGCCCUAUGCAAGAUCUAUUGUAUGCCCCUUUUGAUGUUAUGCAUAAUAAAUAA